GGGGAGUUGCUGCGUUGGGGAGGGUUUUCGUUGGAGACAAAAGAACAAAAAGGGUUUCACAAAUUGAAGACAAUUGAGUUCGACAGAAAAGGAAAUCUUUGGGCCCUCAAUGCUGCGAGUGAACUCGCAGUGUGGAGCGAAGAAGAAAAAGACUGGGACAUUAAGGAAAUCCCCGGGGCGCUGCGGCCUGUGGACUUCGCCUUCGACACCCGCAACAGGCUGUGGGUGCUGGGGGCCGAAGGGAACUUGCUGCUGCUGUCGGGAUCUAAAUGGAUUAAUUUUGGAUUUGUUGGAUGUUUGAAAUUAAAAGAUAUUUCAUUCAAAGCAGCAGCAGCAGCAGCAGCAGCAGCGCAACAGUCCCCCAAGGCAGCAGAAGCAGAAGAAGAAAGCGACGACUGA